UCUCAAAUCACUUAACUAAACUCGUUUCGUAGUUUCCAUCGUCUACACCACCAUCAUCUGUAACUUCGAUUCCAAUCAAAAUCAUGGUGUCUGCACAAUUGAACCUUACUCGAAAUAUUGUGGCAAUAAUAGGGAAUGGCAUUGCUCUAUGUUUGUUCUUAUCACCAACGCCAACAUUCAUACAGAUUGUGAAAAAGAAGUCAACAGAGGAAUAUUCACCAAUACCGUAUUUAGCGACUCUCAUAAACUGCCUCGUUUGGGUUCUGUAUGGGCUCCCUAUGGUAUGUCCGAACAACACACCGGUCCUUACAAUCAACGGCACAGGGGUCAUAAUCGAAGUUGUGUUCAUUACCACUUUUUUCGUUUUCUGCGGCUGUCAGAAACAACGUUUGGUAAUAGCCGCUGUUUUAGCGGGUGAAACCGUUUUCGUGGCUGUCCUCACAGUGUUGGUCUUCACUCUACAAGACACUACCAAAGAACGUUCGUUGAGCGUUGGAAUCGUCUGUUGCGUUUUCAACGUGAUGAUGUAUGCUUCUCCAUUAUCUGUCAUGAAAAUGGUAAUAAAAACAAAAAGCGUGGAGUUCAUGCCGUUUUGGAUGUCGCUAGCUGCGUUUCUAAACGCAGGCGUUUGGACAGUCUACGCACUCAUGCCUUUCAAUCCCUUCAUUGCUAUACCAAAUGGAAUUGGAUGUGUGUUUGGACUGGCCCAAUUAAUGUUGUACGCUGCUUACUAUAAAUCUACCUAAAGAAUAAUGGCGGAAGGAUAACCCGUCAGCGAAGUAGGCUUGUCUAGUGCGUUCAUAUCGACUAUUCAGAAACACAAAUUUCAAUCAACGGCUUAGCGGCGUUUGAUUUGAUCUCCUCACACUAUCAGCCUUUUCAUUUAAGAUGAAAACUUUCGUCACAAUAUUUUGCAAGCUUCGUUUAUUAAUUCCAGUGUCUGUUAUUUAAGAGCAAUGUACGAUCAUUUCAAAGUACCGGGUGUAAUGUUAUAACAUAAGA